CUGACCUAUGGCCAACAUUCAAAGGGGAAACAGCCUCCUAUAAAUCAGUGCACACUGGACAGCCCCGCCAGCAGAGCUGCCUAUCAACUGCGGAGGGAGCCUCAUCGCCACCAUGAACUUCUCCGGCAAGUACCAGCUGCAGAGCCAGGAAAACUUUGAGGCCUUCAUGAAGGCAAUUGGUCUGCCUGAUGACCUCAUCCAGAAGGGGAAGGACAUCAAGGGAGUGUCGGAAAUCGUGCAGAAUGGGAAGCACUUCAAGCUCACAAUCACCACCGGGUCCAAGGUGAUCCAGAACGAGUUCACCUUGGGCGAGGAGUGUGAGCUGGAGACCAUGACCGGGGAGAAGGUCAAGGCGGUGGUUCAGAUGGAAGGUGAGAAUAAACUGGUGACAUCUUUCAAAGGCAUCAAGUCCGUGACCGAACUCAACGGAGACACGAUCACCAACACCAUGACAUUGGGCGACAUUGUCUUCAAGAGAAUCAGCAAGAAAAUUUAGACAAGUCUGCAUCCAGAUUCUUUUACUGUGUAAAAUUGAUGUAAUAAAGUAAACUUUGUUUUAAAAAAAAA